GGUCGAGCCCCACUGGCCGAGUGACUCUCUCAAAUAGGCGGAGCUGAUCUCUCUCAUUCUGCAGUCUUCCAUAUUUAAGAGCGCUUACGCGGAGUGUGCACGCGAUACGAUCCUCGUAAAUACCUGUGGAGAUUCUCGCCUACGAAUGAAAACAAAUGGAUUUUAAUCCCAACAACUGCGCUUCUGCUGUCGUGCACACAGAGGAUAACAACUGAAGGAGACGCGAGGACCGAGACGCGAUGUGAUCAUUGUCAUCCAAAAAAUGCAACUACUUGGACAAAGUGAGUUGGACAAGGAUUUGUGCAGUAACGCAGUCGUUUUGGGGUUGAUUUACGUGUCGAUGACCAUCUGAAAGGGGGAAAGAAAGUAUUUUUGACUCAAAUGGAGCGGCACAGCAGUCUCGUGUCUAUCUGGCUUCAGCUCGAGCUCUGCGCGAUGGCUGUUCUCCUCGCUAAAGGAGAAAUAAGGUGUUACUGCGACGCUCCCCAUUGCGUGGCUACUGGUUACAUGUGUAAAUCGGAGCUUAACGCGUGUUUCACACGCAUCUUAAACCCUCAGAGCAGCAAGUCUCCUCUCUCUCACGGGUGUUACGACCCUCUACUGAACUCUGGAAACAUUUGCCAUACAGAAUCAACCUAUGAUACCAUCCAUGGACCCGCCACACUGCAGUGUUGCCAUGAGGAUAUGUGUAAUUACAGAGGCCUGCAAGAUCUCACACACAGAGGAGAAAGUCAUGACAGAAAAGCCGAGGGCAGCCGUCACGUAGUUGCGAGACUGCAGGAAAUCCCCUCUUCCAAGGAGGUUUGGUUUCGUGCCGCAGUCAUCACCGUACCCAUCGCUGGUGGCCUUAUCUUGGUGCUUCUCAUCAUGUUGGCCCUGCGCAUGCUCCGCAGCGAAAAUCGCAAGCUGAGGCAACAGCGUCUGGAGAUGCUCUCCCGUCUUCACUACAGCUUCCACGGCCAGCACCUCACCAAGGGUCACGUGGCCAAACUGGACCUAGAGUGUAUGGUUCCAGUGGGAGGCCAUGAGAACUGCUGCCUGACCUGCGACAAGAUUCAGCAUUCUGACCUCAGCAGCCAGAGACUUUUCUCAUUGGUCCACUGGGGAAAGUACAGCGGACGAGGCAAACUGGAGUUGGUCUGAUAGCUGUGGAGUUUGUUUUCUCUUAUGGAUGUGGAAGGGACUUGUUUGACAGAGACUUUUUUCACUGCAAAAAUGAGGUACUGCAAACAAGAAAAAUUAAAGGACACUUGAAGGCACUAACCGUAUGGUUGUUGCUCUAGAAGCACUUUACUUGAAUUAGAGGCUUGAGGAGAUGAUGGACUGUUUGUAUUAUAGACUUUAGAGACGUGGAGCGGCUUCUUAUCACCGAAGGAUUCCAAAAACAAUAUUUUUUGUUUGGCAAAUUGCACUUUUUGUAUAAAUAAAUAAACUAUGAUUGA